CGAAGGAUAAAAUGGCUCUUAGUGAAAGUGAAGUCAAGAAGAUUGAGAAGAAAGCAGCCAAAUAUGAUUUUAUAGCUGAGCUUAAGAAGGGGGAUUAUAUUGAUGCAGAAGAUACAGUGCACAACUGGUGAGUAGCAAAAGUCGAAGAGAUUGACCAAGAAAACGAAGAACUUAACCUUCAUUUUGAUGGCUGGAGCGUCAAGUAUAACGAAGACGUAAGCUUUAACUCCAAUAAAAUCGAAGCCCUCAGGUACAUCACAGUAGGGUACACCGGGAUGAGCAGAGCGGCCAAACGAGAGAAUUGGAGAUACAAUUACGGAGACCUUGAGACCCUCAAAAGAACAGUCGAAGAUACCAUCGAUCAGGAAUUUAGCAAUUUCGACUCUGGAUCCCAAGCUACACAGUUCUUGAGAGGAGAGUUGUUCGUCUUCUGCGACAGUUUGCUCUCCAACUGAGACUCUUCUGAGCUGAGCAAAGACGACUUCAGAGACAUCGUCGACUUCAUGGACCAAGUCUUCAAACUGGUCAUCACAUGGAUGCGAUUAUUUCCGAAGAGAUACAUGAAGUUCUACGAAGUCCAUAAGAAAGUAAAGAAAGCCUUCCUGGUUGAUGUGGGCGUUGCAGUCGCUGCUGCAGGAAAUGAGCUCAUCCAGAUUCUAGACACCUGCUUUUUGACUCAUGAGAGAGUGACCAAAUGAACGAAGUCGCUAACACUGACCGAAGAAGAGGAAGCGACCGAGUGGUAUAAAUAAGAAGGAUCAGAAGUUUAGAGCAGCUCUUUGCUAUUCAUUUGGAUCCCAAGGAGGCUUCGAAGAAAUCAUCAAUUUCUGUAAUGCGAGAGUCGAAGACACUUCAGAGGAAACUACUGUACCUCUUGGUUAUGUUAAUGCUCUGCUUGAUAGUAUUUCUGAAGUUCUCAAACACUUUAGAGCAGAUGAGCGUAGAGAAGCUCUGAUUGCAGACAUUAAACAAAUUAUCACUUCACAAGUAGACAACAUUACUGACGAAGAUGUAGAGAGUCUAGAGAUUUCUCAGUUGACAAAUCUCCUUCAGAAACUGAAGCACUUCGGGGCUCUCUCUGAUAACGAUGACAAAGAAAUGGAAGAAAUGAUGGAACUCACGCUUUACCACAAGUUGGUACGCUGCCCAAUUUUCAAAAGAAAGAGACAAGGAAUGGUCAGCUUAGUCAACAUUGCCAACGAGCUCGAUGAAAGCAAAUAAGAAUCAGAGAAGCUACUACAGAGCCAAGAGCAAGAGGCAGUACGAGUACCUUGACCUUGAUAUGCUCCUCCACUGGGUCAAAGACAACAAACUCAUUGACUAUGUGUUUGGUGAAUACUCCCACCCAGAAAUCAUCAGGAAAUCGGGAGAGCUCCUCCAGAAAAUGUGUCAGAAAGGACUGUUUAAGAAGAAAGAAGUCGACCUCAUUUGGUCAGUGUUCGAUUCGAACUUUCAUGAAGACAUCCUUGCAGCUACUCUGGAUGUUGUUGAAAUGAUUGCUCUGAAUUGUGAGAAUGAUGUUUUAAACGAUAUCAGACAUAGAGUGCAUCAAUACGACAAGUCUGAGUACGAUUUACAGUUCAUCAACUUCAUCAAAAAGUUCAUUACUUCUGAAAUGAGAAACUUCUAUGAAAAUGAUGCCCCCAAGAAGUCCGGAGGAGUAGCUGGAACUUUCAAGAAAAUGUUCAACCUCGGAGGAGGUCACGACCCUGACGCCGCAAUGACCAAAGAACACAUUGACUGGAUCAACAAGGAUAUCGGCAUUCUCUGGAAACUUCCGUCGGAGAAAGGCAUCCCUGAAAACCUCAAAGCUCAAGCUUUCAAAGUGAUUCCUGAAAUCCUUUCAGAUGAAAACUGUAGUGAUAGAACACGAGAAAACUACAUUGACAUGGCCAAGAAAGGACUUAAAAACGGUGACCAAGUCUACAACAACCUGUGCUUCAUCAAAGCUCUUCUGUCGAAUGCUGGAGGAUUUUCAGAAGUGAGGAAAAUUGCCAAAGAAUACCACAUUACCGACAUAAUUCUGACGGCUGCUGACUCCUACCUGAGCAGAGUUGGGAAGCUCUUUAAAGAGCCUUAUGAUUUUAAUAACAUCAAACACAUUGAGAGGCAUAUUAAAGAAAAAGACCCAGCCUUCUUGGCAGGCCACACACACAGAGACCACAUCGAGAAGGUAUUCGACAUCCUCCAAUUCAUCCUGGACAAGUCCUAUAGUGGGUCGCCAUUCUCAGAGAAAGAAGUCGAGAAGAUGUUCCUCAUUUUUGUGUCAAAGAGAAUCUCCAACUUUGAAUCUGAAACUCUGUUCGAGUUCAUUCUGAAUGAUCGAAGAAGUUCUUCAGUGUGCGGGGCCAAUGGAGACAGAGCACUGAAGAAGUUCAUUUUCGUAACCUGCUUGACCAAGAAGGGGUAUGUGACUCCUCACGAUUACUCUCCGAAGAGCUUUAGGUGAUUCAAAGAUCUGUUCUUGGCAGUCAACGACAGAGAAGGCAAUGUCCACGUUGACGAAAACAAUGUUGUCAAGUCUGUCAAAAGCACUGGCUUCGAAGGGAUGGAUGCCCUCUGGGAGAUAGCUUGCCAGGCCGGAAACGCAAAGGUUCAAGAGCGAGCUGGGUAUCUCUUGGCAGUUAUCAAUUACAUCUACAUGGACAAGAAAGGGGCUGCAGGCAGUGAAAAAGAAACAGAAGAAAUUGUAGCUUACAUCAUUGACAUCUUAAAGCAGACAGACCACCAGCAGCACGAAACCUUGAACCACAUCAAGGUGCUCAGACAAUUCAUCGAUGCUUAUGAGACUCUGGACUUCCCUGAACAUUUUAGAAUUUUCUACAAGAAACUUUAUGAAGUUGAAGAUGACGGAGAAGAAGAAAUGAUGGAAAACGGAUUCAAUGCAUUUAUAAAUCGGAAGUGGAACAGAAAAACAACAGUUGAUUUUACUGUUCACAACAACGUUACCCAAACUUACGAAUUCAUUAAAAUUGAAGUCAAAGCUCCAGUACUGAAGCUUAGAAAAGAGAUUGCCCGAAAGUUUGCCUUAAAAGAAAGACAAUUUGAAAUUAAUUUCCACCAAUCGAGCAGGGACUAUGUCAAGCCGCCAUACGACUGGGCCUAUGUAUGGGAAAUCAUCACACAUUUGGACCCGAGAGCUGACCCAGAUGCGUACAUGGAUAUCUACAUCACUCCUUAUUCUUGAGAAGAGUUCCGAGGCAGAUCGAUUUCGUACUCAAUUGCUGAAGAUGAGACAUACGUUGCAAUUUUGAGUAAAUACUUGAAAGAGUCAGACAAAGGGACUGCUCUAGAAACCAUUAACGUCAUCUCGAGGCUCCCAGUUCUUCCAGCAAGGCUCCAAGAAGUAAAGAGGUACAUCGACAGACACAAAAUAAAGAAGUACGAGCAUUGGUACACAGUCUUAGGAGUCAAGUUUGACCAGCCAGAAGAAUUAUUUAUGCAAAUGAAACUGCUGGAAGAACUUUUAGCCCACGAAUCUAAGUACACUGUAAGGGAAAAGUUCAUCAGCAGUAAAGGUAUAAACUUCCUCAUUGAUAUUAUCCUGCAGGCGUGCACACUGAUGAUUAAUGAAGGAAGGGUUGACAAGUUCCCACUUUGAGCAGCCUUGGUUUCAAGAACACUCAAGCUCUUCAACUCGAUCUGCUCAACCAUCAACCUAGCAGAGUAUCUAGACUCAGAAGCAACACUUGUGAUCGUCACCAGAGGAAUGGAGUUCCUCGAGUACAUCAGUGAUGUCGGAAACAACGACAAGCCUCUGAUAAACUUAAUGAAAGAACAGCUAGAAAGAAAUAGAAUCGUUCAAGACAUCUUCAGAAUGUUCACACUUGUCAUAACUUACGAACACAAAAGGUUCAAGAGUAUUUACAAAAAUAAGAAGCUUAAGUCGAUAAUCUUCUACUUCUUGAUCGACUCCAACCACGAGUACCAGAAGAAGGAAAUUUCUGAAAGUCUAACUUUCCUGACUAAGCAAUGCAAUGAGAUCGGAAGAGAGCACUUCAAGUGCAAGGUCAUGCCAGGAGAAAUUUUCAUUGAUAUUUUGCACAAGGAGUUCCUUCCCAUUGUGCUCCGCAUGAUCUACAACGACCCAGCUGAUUUGAGUCAGCCCAAGAACAAGAAGAAGAGCAAGAAGUAUGAAGAAGUCAUUGAGCUGAAGAUUUUGAAGUCGACUUCUUACUUCAACUUGCUUGGAAGUCUGAUUAAGGUAAAUGGGGACCUCCCAGUCAAGACUGCAGAAGACAUUCUCACAAGCUUGCUAGAUGAGCUUAGAUCAUUGAAAAGAAUCGAGUUUAACGAAGAAAGUGAUGAUAAAAGACUUGCUUCUCUGAUUAACCUGAUAGGAGUUGUGUUCAACAACUGCCCAGAGGCAAAGCAGAGCAUGGUAGAUAGUAGUCUCUUUGAUUUUGUUCUUAAAGACUGCCUGUUUAGAAGGAGGAAAGACAAAAGCCAACCCAAUUUUCCAAUCUGCAAAUCUGAUGAAACAAGAGAAAAGUGCUAUAAAUUGCUGUUGGAGCUGAUGGACACAAAAGAAAAUAAAUUAUUUUCAAAAUUUGCAUCGAUCGUUACAAAAUGGAUGCAAAGAGCGAAAUGGAGAACUUCAAAAGCAUCCGACUGGGACAUCAAGAAAUUCGAUAAAGCAAGAGUUCACACCCAGAAAUUCCAAAAUAUCUCUGAUUAUACUGGAUUGGAGAACCUUGGAUGCACCUGAUAUCUCAACUCAGUGAUGCAACAACUUUACAUGAUUGUACCAUUUAGACUUGCAAUUAAUGUAGUGGAGAACCAACUCCCUGAUGAUGACAGAAGUUUGGACACAUUAUAUCACACAAAAUUGCUGUUUGCAUCAUUAAUGAAUACAGGGUCAAGAUCCCACAACCCAGAGCAUUUCUUUAAGACCAUCAAGGAUAUCGAUGGGUCUGACCUAAACCCACUUGAACAGAGAGAUGCAGACGAGUUCUUAGCAAGGUUCUUUGAAAUAUUAGAACCCCAAAUUAAAGGAACUUCUGAAGAAAAGGAAAUCCAGAAUAUUUUCUUUGGCCGUUUUGCCAAUCAGAUGAUUUGUAUAGAUUGUCCUCACAAGAAUGAAGUGUACGAGGACUUCACCACAAUCUCUCUGCAGGUGAAGAACAAGCACUCUCUUGAAGAGUGCCUCGACAGCUACAUUGAGUCAGAGAUUUUGCAAGGAGAUAACGCUUACUACUGUGACAAGUGCGAGAAGAAGGUCACAUGCAAAAGAAGAAGCUGCAUCAAGAAGCUGCCUAACAUCAUGAUGGUUGCUCUCAAGAGGUUCGAACUAGACUACGAAACAAUGCAGCAUCACAAGUUAAAUGAUAGAGUGUCAUUCCCACUCGAAAUUAAGAUGGAGAAGUACACUGAUAGAUACCUCGCCAAACAAGAUUUGCUCAAGGAGAUGGAAGACAUGAACUGGAGUUAUGAAGAUCUCCCUGAAGACAAGAAGAGGGAGCAUGACUUUGAAUAUCCAGAAGCGUAUUACACCUACACUCUGAGAGGAAUUGUGAUCCAUAUGGGAGAAGCCAAUUCUGGUCAUUACUACUCAUACAUCAGAGAUACCAAAACUAAUCAGUGGUAUGAGUUCAACGAUACCACUGUUACCGAGUUCGAUGUCAACGACAUGGAUGAAAAGGCCUUCGGGGGAGAUUAUGGAGAUGAUAAUAAGAGAUACUCACGAUACAGGAGUUCUGGGACCAAACCAUACAAUGGAUACAUGCUCCUGUAUGAAAGAAAUUAUUACAUUCCAACUGAUAAAUUCUUAGAAAAGUGAGAUAUUCCAGGAGAAGAUCUCAGUCAAUUCUUCAACUUGAGAUUCUCUAGGCUUGAAACUAGUGCCAACCUUAAAGACGAUACUCCUGACAGUAAUGUAGACAAUGUCGUAGUAAGCCAUAAUGAAGCUAUUUGGGAAUCUAAACAGUUGUUCAGCCAUUCUUUUGCAAAGCUUUUAUAUCAGAUAUCCCUUGAUUACUCCUACAUUAAAGAAGCGAAAGACUGAUAUGAUAAAGUGAGAGAAACUAACCUCCACGACUUCGACAAUCUUCCGAAGUACUCCCACAGAAAGUGGGUGUCUACUUUCCAUAGGCAGGCAUUGACCAUCAUCUACUUCCACACAGUAAUACUUCGGACAUCGAGCAGGCCUUUCCUCAAGCAGUACUGUGACAGCAUUCGUGAAUCCUUGCAAUCUCACUUACCAGUAGCAUACUUCUACAUUGAAAACUUUUGAAAGAAGGAAGUGAUCACUGAAUUCAUCACUCUGAGAAAACAGAGCAUCAUCAGAAUGCAAGUGCCCUACUUCAUCAAAAUCGCUUGUCGGAAUAUUUACCAGGAGGAAGAAGGCCUCAUCGCAGGCUACUGCGACCUCGUGGAGAAAUACGGAGAUAAUGCCGCCAAGAUUUAUGCCAAGGUAAAGGGAAGCUCAAGCUCUGACACUUCUUAUGAAGACAUUGAGCUUGUUGAUAAAGGUGGCAGAGUUAAAGAAGUCAGAGAGCUCAAGGUUAGCCUGUACGAUAACGACCAUGAUGUCCCAGUUCUAAUCAUAUUUGCUAACAGGCUGCUUAAAAUGGCCAGAGACUUCUUUGAAGAUCUUAGAGUUACCGAUAAAUAUCAUUCUUUGACUAACUUCUUUGAGUGAUUCUACAACCUAGCAGAGGCUGGCCCGGAGAUGCAGAGGUACAUGCUCUUGAAUAAGUUUGUAUCCAGGUUAUUCGACAUGUAUCGUCACAAGAGAUCGACUCAGCGACUUGAGAUGAGAGACCUUUCUUACAUGCCCCUUUAUGAGAUUUUCUGAAACAGCAGGACAGAAGAUGCAAAGGAUAGCGAUGACUCAGACCGCGACCCCUCAGAAGGAUUCGACUAUGGACUUACGUUGUUCAAGCAAAGAGCAGAGAUUGAUUAUCUGACUGUUGAAAGAGAAAAGAAGUCAUAUUAUAGGGCCAACAAUAACGAAGAAGACGGAGGUGAUCUCCAGCAGAUUAGCAAAGGUCCUGAAACAGUGGAAAAGAGAUUUGCAUAUGUGUGGAGAGCAAUUUCACUUCUGAUGACUUCUUCAAAGUUUAGUAUUUCUGGCAGAGAAGUUGGGGAAGGAUCUCCAUUCUGAACUCUUGAGGCUCCCCUUUUAUUACCGCCAGCUGAGCACGAGACAUACGAGGCUUUACUAACCGAAGAUAUGAUCAGGGAGAAUAUCAUUGACUGAAGCUAUCCCACAACAACAGCAAAUGCUCUUGAAAGAAUGUAUGCCCACUUCUGUCACAAUAAUGAUUUCUUCGCUGAACAAAUACUAAGAAUAAUAACUGUAGACAUUGAAGACGCUCGUACAACUUUUGAAGAAGUAAUAAAGUAUACUCCGCUUCUUCGUAACAUAGCAAGGGUAGAGAUCUCCAAAGAAAACGCAAUAUUCCUGGUGGAAUCUUUAUUCGAAACCUCUUUUGCGACUGCACAGAAAGAAUACAUUAAAGUCGCUGACUCCCUCCUCAACACCACUCUUGAAGUUAUCAGCAGGAAUGCUGACGCUUGUAGGUACAUGAGAGACAUCCCAGAUUGCCUCAAAGUUAUUGAGAAGUUCCAUGAAAAGAACAUUGUGCCUGCUUCUCGUGGUGGUAAAGCCCUUUUUAAGGAUGUUCAGCGAGACAAGCUUGACAAGCACCUCAGUUCUGCUGAACAGGAGAUCAUUGAAGGCUAUUCUACUCAGAGACUUGACCUGUACAGGCAAUUACUCGUAGAAAUUGACUAUGAAGAGCUCAUUAGCCAGACUUUACAAGAUGAUGAUAGGAAGGAAGAACUCAGCCUUUGUAACACACUUGAAAGAGAUGAUAUGGUUGAUUAUUAUAAAGAGGAUUAUAAAUUCUGGGUUGAGGCAACAGUCCAUGAGGACUACGGAGCAGUCCUCCUUGUCAGCUAUAUUAACCCAUCUGUGGUUGUGAAUAAUCCUUUAAGAGAAAAAGUUGAUGAGCACAGAAAUAAUGUCAAAAUUAACAAGGAUACUUGUAGGCCAUUCGGACUUCACACUAAUAAUCCAAUGGAUAAGGUCAACAGUAUUUAUGAGUACCUUUACAUGAAGGUGAAGAACAAAUCUAGAUAUUACUAGUGUGUAAAGGAAGAAAUUCAAAUAAUAAGUUUA